CAGCUGGGCCAAUCAGAAGACAACAGCUGGGCCAAUCAGGAAUCAGCAGCAGGGUCAUAAGAAAUAAAUCAUCCACAAAUGUUCCAAUACAAAAGAAUUACAUUUUGCCAAAGUAAAAAAGCCCAACAAUUUUACCAAUGUCUUUUUAUUUAUUCAUGUGUUCUUCUUUCUAUUUGAAUCAUCUAAACCAGGGGUGCCCAACCUUUUUUGAACCGAGAGCUACUUUUAAAGUUGCCAGUCUGCCGAGAUCUACCAGUCCAAAUAGAGAGCCAUUACUGACAGCCUACUACCAGACUGGUACAGGUGCAAUGAGCACAAAGAAGGAGAACGAUGCUGAUCCCUAUACUGGUCCAUGUGCAAAGAGAAUAAAGACGGAGAAGGAUGCUGAUCCCACUGCCGGACAUCCACAUAGCUUCACUGUGAAAUUCCCUUCUGACCCCAAGGAACACACUAUAGACUGUGUUCAACCCGGAACAGUGCUGCGGGCGAUAAAAACAUGUCACAAAUAUGAUGAGAAGUUUUCAGAUGAAAACCUUGUGAUUCAGCUGGGUAAAAAGGAUAAGAAACAUGCUAUUGCAACACAUUUCCCUUGUUCUUGUAUCAGGGAAGAUGAGUGUCUGAUCUUAUCGCAUGAAAAAGAAAAGAUUGAAGAGACCCAAGGCCAAAAUGAGGAACCAAUACAGUCAAAGGAAAUAUAUUCUGUCUUCUCUAUUGAAACAGUGGGAGGAGAAAACACCAGAACAAAGCCGUUUAUCAGAAGCAAGGCUUUCAAUAGGUUCAAGUACCUGUGUGUGUAUGGGGAGAAGGGUAGGGAGAUCACAGUGGAGGACGCUCUGAGAAGAGAUGGACGCUUCAUUGAUGAUCUUGGCUACUUCACUCUGUCUGACAACAAGGAUCCAAUUAAAAGCACUGGAUGUACCCAACCUGUUGACAACCUGGAUGGAAAAGAAUUCAAGUUGUGUCUUGAAAAGGCACAACUGAAGCGUAGCAAAAAAAUGGUCAGAGAAGAAGUAAAGAAGAGAAUAGACGUUAUCCAAAAAACAAUGGAAAACAAUAAAGUCAGUGUCAAAGAUUUAGUUGAAGACCGUGUCAGAGCAGAGAACAGAUCCAAGGGAAAGAGUGGUCAGAGUGGCAGCAGUGUCGACGUUGAAGAGAUGUAUGAUUUACUGCGGAAGCAGUAUCCAGAUCUGAAGGAGCUGAUGAUGAAUAGAUUCCCAGGUGAUUCUUAUCAGGAGAAACUGAACCUGAGGAAGGAAGACUUUGGAAAGAUCCAACAGUCGUUCAGCGAGGUUCACAGAGUCAGAGAGCUGAUAAAACUGGGCGAGUCAGUUUGUGUGAUUGUGAAUCCAUUUAAGACAGGAUCAGGGUUUGUGUUGUUUGACAAAUUCAUCUUGACCAACGCACACCUGUUUAAACAAUGUGUUGAAGAAGGAAACACAAAGCUGAAGCAUGGUACAGAGGUGUAUGUUCUCUUUAACUUUGAAGAACAGCACAAAAAUUACCACUACUUUAAGCUGGCUCACCGUAACAUCCUCUACUGUGAUGAUGACCUCGAUUAUGCCAUACUUCAGCUUGAGCCUGUCGGACAGAAAUACAACCCAGACACAACUAAAGUCACAAAAGAGAUAGUGCCACCACCAGGGCUCCUGAAGUUGUUUGGUCCAAAGCCUGAGAAUGGUGAAGCCUGUAUCAUUGGUCACCCAGAAGGAGGAGUGAAAAAACUGGAUCCAACAUCUAUCAUUGAGAUAGGAAACAGGGUGAAGGCUGUUGAGGAUCAAUUAGAGCCAUACAAAGACACUUUAUUCACUCUCUACUCAAUCCGUGACCUCAUCAAAAAGCAAGGCAUUGAAAGCAUAUUGGUAGGUGGAAACAAAGCAGAGAAAGGAACAACCUACAACACCUUCAUGUGUCACGGCUCCUCUGGAUCCCCAGUGUUUGAUGCUCAGUGCAAGGUUUUUGGUUUGCACACCUCAGGAUAUGUUUACGGUUUUCCAAAGCCUGAGAGUGUGAUAGAGUGGGCCCAACCUCUGCUAGAUAUCUUUGAACACUUUGUGAGGAAACUGAGGGACAAUGGGGAGGAGGAUCUGUUGAAGAGAGUUCAGGAAGAAGCAAAGGGAAACUCAGACCUAGAAGAGAUACUCAAAAAGAUACUCAACCCCGACUCUGAUGAGUAAAUAGUGACUGAUUAGAAAGAUUAGAUAAUCAGGGGCUGAACACACGAGGCUGGACAGCUUAUAUUCCCAUGCAUCAUCACACUUCAGAUCUGUUUUCUAGUGCAUCCUGUUUCAUAUUGACGUCUCUGUUAGUCUGUAACAGCCAAUAUCACUUUUUUCUAAAUCCAUAUUUCUUGUAAGCAUUAUUUUUUUAUUUUAUCAUAAUUUUUUUGAUUUUCAUAUCUAUAGUAGUUCUUUUUUACAACGUCCUUACUUCACUGUGUUCAUGUAUGCACCAUUGUACACCAAAUUAACCUAAUUGGCAAUAAACCAAAUUCUGAUGUUGAUUGUGCUGCAUACUCACCGUUUGUGGAAUAUAUGAAUGUAUUUUAUUGAGGCAGUGAACUGAAUGCCAUAUAUUUCAUGUAUUUUCUCUUUUAACACGUAUUGGAAGCUCCUUAAGUGUGAGCUGAUAUUUGUUUUUAUUUCAAUGUCAUAUAUUUCUCCCGUGGUAAAUGUGUUUAUUCUGUCCUGGCCUUCCCUACCAAUGUAUUCUGUGUUUUAUUAAAAGUUGAUCUCUUCAAAA